AUGGGGGUGGACAUGGCCGUGAAAGACAGUGUUUUAGGUACCGUAGAGGAGCGCGGAGAUACUCCUAGGAUAUCAUCUUUGCAAUUUUCGUCUUCGAUUUCUCCAAGUAGAUUAGUAUCCUCAACUGCUGCCCUGAAUACCGUUGUUUCAUCCCUCUCGGCAGAUUUCUGCCUCCUCUUCUGUUCCCGUAGGCUAUCAACAGCGCCUCCGUCAGAUAGUGCGGCUGCAUCUCGUUUGACAGAUAGAUGUUCAUCAUCAAUAUUCUUGAGCUGCACGUCUAGUUUGAAGGGUACUGCCCGUCUAUACCUUGCAACAGCCAGGAAAACAACUUUGCCAGGCCGUAGACCCUUGGACGUCGGUCUUUUGGCCGUACGUAACUCAAAAUCUUGGAUAUCAAGAACCGUCCCGGGCGUCAGGUCAUCCUUGCUGCUGGAGACGAGGACAUGCAGUUCGCUCUUGAGCAGAGCCUGUAUGGUGUAUUCUCCAUCACUCAGAAAUAGUCUAUACGCUUUAUACACGGCCUCAUGCUUAUCAUUGUUAUGGGCUUCCUCGUCCUUCCGGACGAUUACCUCGAUAACACGCUCGACUCGAAGCAGCAGCUUGGGCGGUGGGCAUUGUGUGCGGAUGAGUUCAGCGAUACACGGUCUGAUCUGA